AUAAAAUCCUAGUUUUAUGCUUUAGCUUACUUAUUGGUGGUAUUAAAAUCGAGUCAUUUCUACAUUGCCAUGGUCGUGUUUUAGAAGAUUUCACAAUGGGCAUCUCACAAGCUGGCAAGGCGAUUAUGAUCGCCUGGAUUUUUUGCAUUAUGUUCGUACAUGCAAACGCUCAAUGCAGUCCCGACCUUUGGAAGACUGAUUCACUUGAUGCACCGCACUACUGGACUGCCUGGUAUAACACGGAUGAUCCAAGUGACGGUGUGGACAUUGAAAAACUCGCAUCAGUCCGAGCGGUGGAUUCUAAUGUAUGUGCAUCGCCGACCUCCGUCGAGUGUCGGGUUCGAAUCGCCCACCUGAAUUCCACGGAUGCAGCCCAAGCAUUAGAUCAAGACUGCACCAAUGCAACUGCGGGACUCGAGUGUCAGGAGUCGUCUCAACCUUCAGGGGUAAAGUGUUACGACUAUGAAAUCAGGUUUACCUGCCCUCCUGAUUCAGGUGCACUUCCUGAACCGAAUCUCCAUUGGGAGCUGAAUGGCCGAACAUCAGCUUCCGGUAAAGCCCCCGGAUGGUGCAAUGGGCGACCCAAGUUCUACAACACCACAAUCUACAGCAACACCCCGGGUGUAGCGGACGGUGCGGUGAACCCGAAUGAGCAUAGCACGCUUCUGCUCGAGGAGGGUCCGAGUUCCUCCAGACACGCAUGCGCACUACGGAGCGCGGUAACCGGCCAAGCCAAUCUGGGAAAUUUCUCGGACCACUGCAUUAACGAUCUUCAGUGCUGCAACCAUGACCCUAAUUUUAAAGGAAUAACAGUGAGUGUUUGGAUUAACGACCAUUCAGUGAGCAAAUCAACCAUGCCCUUUAUAGCUUCAGGAGCUCAACAAAGUAAUACCAGGGGAUUUACGCUGGACAAGAGAAAUGCCAAACAGUUUGCGUUCCUGUUUCGAUACGAUGUCCGCAAAGUUCCGGCUAAUAUCUCCCCAGCUAAGCCUCAGCUAUUGACCCCUUACGGCACAUGGGCCCAUUACAUCCUCUCUAGCGAUCGCAGAAAUACGAGGAUCUACCACAACGGAAUAAACCACAUCACGCAAAACUUUUCCAGACAGACUCCCGAUGGCAUCCCGAGCACGUUGCCUCUCCUUCUCUUCGCCAAGAAUCCGGAUGUGAACGACUUGGACACCACUCCUGACGUGUCAAUCAGCAACUUAAAGAUCUUCUAUAGGAAGUUCACCCAGGCUGAAGCCCAAAAACUCUAUGCCGAAGAGAUUGGAACCUUAUCAGUUAGUUCUGAAGAUAUAGUUCACAUCCUCUACGUCGUCCAAGUCAGUGAUCCCUCAGACCCGAACAUUCUUGUCGAAUGCGUCGCUCGUGGACCCGGAAAGGACAUGGUACCGUCUAUCAACUGGUUCAUACUGGAUGCGGAUGGAAUGAACUACUCCGCACUGGAUCAAUCCGGUUUGAAGGGCCGCGUUUACACGGAACUCGUAAGCGAUAACUACCGCAUAAAGUCUGCCUUGCAACUGAUCAAUUACGGUGGCAAUGCCAGUGUCGUGUGCGAGGCGGUUGAUGACGCGACUGGAGCUCGAAAGGCCUCUCGCUCGGAACUGUAUGAGCGUAAUUACAACUGGACUACUUGGAUGAGCUUUGACGCACCGUAUUUGCACGAGGACGGGAUGGACAAUGAAAGCAUUGCUUUACUCCAGGAGGAAACGUGUGAGAAUCCGAUAGACAUCGAAUGCCGGACUCUGUACACCCAUAUUCCUUCCUUUAUGACAACACAGUCGUUUGACGUUAGCUGUACCGUAGAGGGCGGGCUAGUGUGCAUUGGAUCGAGUCAGAGUUCCCUGGAUAACUUUACGUGCUUUGACUACGAAGUCCGGCUGCUAUGUCCACAGCAACCAAUCUACUGGACCAGCUGGUUUAACGUCGAUGAUGGUACCGACGAUAAAGAAAUGUUUUCCACUCAUCAGGGACUUGACGACCCGACGCUCUGCGCCUCUCCUGUGUUCGCCCAGUGUCGGGUAUUUGGUACAGCUACACCUUGGGCUUCCACCAAUGUGGUCCUUGAUUACCCCUAUGCAUGUACCCCCGAAGGACUGGUCUGUCUUGGAGCCAACAACACUGGGAACGGCGGAUGCCAGGACUUCGAGGUCCGUUACGCAUGCCCAUAUCCUACUGCUGAUUCACCAUUGGAAUACUGGGACCUGAGCGGUCGUUUAACCGUUGGUGGCACCGAACCGGUAGAUUGCAACAGUCAUGAUAACAAUAAUAUUUACUCGAAUACUGGCGGAUUAUCCGGCUCAUCUUCGACGCAGAUUGAAUACACUGACGCUCCACAACAGCUUUCACAGACAUGCGCAGUCAUGAACACCGACGGACACAUAACCCUCGGCAACUACGAUGGCAAGUGCCUCUCGAAGAUCGGCUGGUGCCCUGACGGCAUGACUGUAUCCAUGUGGAUCAAGCAGAUAACCAGUGCCGGAACUGCCAACAUGGUAUUCUUCACCAGCGGAGGAGAUGAGAGUGAUUCAAAUGGUUUCGCUUUCAUCCAGUCUGCAAGUGACAAGAAAUACUACGCCUAUUUUAGGAGCGAUGGUCUCGUUUGGGAUGAGAUAAUCGUCCCUCAAGCUGACGUCACAAUUGGCGAAUGGUUUCACGUGACUCUGACUUUCAAAGACGCCGAUGAAGGAAAGAUAUACAUCGAUGGCAGUUUAAAGGGGUCAACCGACGUGUCUACGCUAGAAAAGAACAGCCACGAUGUGAAAGACGACUUUGUCAUCGGAUCCAGCCAGUCGGGUUCGGACAGUGCUGAUGCUGCUUUCAGUGCCGUCAAGUUCUUUGAUUAUGUCCUCACAGACGAGGCAGUGAUGGGUCUCUAUUUCUGCGAGGAAACAGCGACCGAUCCCGAAGUUCUUUCACUCACCAUCGACAGCCACCGUCUCAACCCACACUUAAAACUGACUUGUCAGGUCAAAGGGUAUCCGCUUACCGGUGUGAAGUGGUUCAUGACCACCAACGUGGAUACCACUGCGAAGGUCUACCCCAUUCAGACCAGUCUUUCACGGGUAAUAUCCGAGGAUAGGUCAGACUGUAUCUUCACAUCACAACUGGAAAUCCUUAACUAUGUCACCGACUUGCCCUUCGGGAAUGUUACCUUCAUCUGUUCUGGCGAAUUCAACCAGAAAAAGGACUUCGCAACGUUGUUUGUCGAAUGGCCAACCGAAUGUGAGAGAGCUAUUGGAUUUGGAGAAGGAGAUAUAAGAUUGGUGCAGAUUUCAUCCAGUUUUACAUACAGUGGGGUACCCUCUAUAAAUGGCGGAAUACCUUGGGUUUCGACAUUUACAGACCAAUCAGCGUACAUAGAAUUUGACUUCGGCUUACGUCACCAGUUUGCAGGGCUUGUAGUCCAGGGAACUCCCUCUUCUUUCGUAUCAUCCUACGAAGUGUCCUACAGCGACGCGCCAUCUGGCCCCCUUACCUCCCAUUCAACUUUGGCCGGUGGUCAUGACGCUGUGUGGAAGUCUUUCGAUCCGGUUAUCGAAUCACGGAUAGUCCGACUCAGAUCAUUGGAUACGGACGGCACUGAUCAAAUCUUAGUGGAAUUCUAUGGAUGUGCCAUCGAAGAACCUGAACUAAAUCUCACGGCACUGACCAGCUCAUACAACUCCACCACCGACGUUUACACUCUGUACUGUCAGGGAUCUUACUUCCCGCCGCCAGUGGUCACGUGGUUAGCUGAUGAUCAGGUGAUCUCAGAACCGAGAUAUGUCACUGGUCAAGAGAUAGAGGGCGUCCGAACAUACAGCAAAGAGCUUGAGUUGAGAGACUUCGUGCUCGCGGAUGAGGAGGUGGUGUUCACUUGUGUGAUUUCUGCAGAUGGUGCAAACGUUACACAGAACAUACAGACGGAAUAUGGUUUCAACGGACUAAUAUCUGUCGUGAAUACGACCGACAUCAGAUAUCUUCAGACCGUUUCCUUCUCGUGUACCGCCUUGGGUGAUGACGUAUACACGAUGGAAUGGUAUUUCACCAACACCACCCAUACAACACCAACCCUCCUGCAAACCGGAAAUGGGGUCACGACUGGAGGAUUUACGGUCGGCGAUUCUCCAGGAGUCUUUACACUUAGCGUUCAGAUGUAUAAAGAAGAGAAUGAAGGAACGUAUCAAUGCUCUGUUAAUCAGGCAACGAGUCAGAUGAACAUCACCACCAACGCUGAUAUACUCCUAGUUGUGACUCUUGCCUCUCCUCACUACCACCAAGUCAACACUUCCUACACCCUCACGUGUACGGUCGUCCACUAUGGCGGCAACCCCUCUGCUAUAGAAUGGACUCUACCAAACGGAACCCUGAUAACAGGGAGUGAUUCGAAUGGAACGUACCAAGUAUCCGAAACUACAGGGGUGCCAGGUGAUAUUUCGACACUGACGAUGCAAGGCGAGUACUUAGUUGGAGCUUACAUCUGUACGGGACGUACGGACAAGGAUGCCUGGACGGAUACUGUGAACAUAUCUGAAGGUGACAGUUUCAAAAUCGCAAGCAUUUCGGGUGCAUAUAAUUUCACUCACCUGUAUUACUCGGCCGAAUGUGUCGCCACCUUUGUCGGCCCUCCGCCAACCGUCACGUGGGUCACGCCCGAAGGUACCAAGCAUACAACAUCAGGUGACGGCAACGUGGUGGUCGAAACUGUCACUGACGGUACCGUAACUAAAACCUUGAAAAUAUCUUCCACAAACCUCACCAGAUAUGAUGGGAAUUACACGUGCAUUGUUUCCGGCAACGGUACGGUGGAUGUCCAAGACGAUGUAUGGCUGAAAUCUGCGUACGAGGGAGAUCUGACGCUUAAUGUGACCGAACGAAUCCAGCUUGGCGAUGACGUCAGACUCACGUGUACCGCGUCUCAAGGAGAAAGUGUGAUCGGAUUUACCUGGUCAAAGGUCGUUAAUGAAACUGCAACGAUGCCAGUGGUCCAGGACGAAAUCUUCCAGAUUUCAGAAGUGGCAGGAGGGAGUUCACGUUUCAGCGUCCUUGAGAUAGCGAUGUUCUCUCGGAUUGACGAAGGGACCUACGAAUGCAGCGUCAACAGCAGGUCAAAGACUGCCAAGCUCCCCGUAGGGGCCGUACCAGGUAACACCUUAAAUUUUUUCCCAUUUAGUUACUGGUUAGUGUUGUCUUUGAUAUAUUUUUGAAAAUAGCACAGGUUUGUUCGUCCCCUGGAGACCUCCGCCACACCGCAGUCACAUCAGAAAAAUGAGCUCUAGAUCUAGCAAAAUAUAACAUUUUGCCCGAUGAGUUCCCAUCGGUCGAUGUGGUGUCAGGUGCUGUGGUGUGACUGAUCUCAAAGAAGGUGUGCAAUUCUUCAGGUGGAACUGAACUUUGCAGAAGAGGAUUACGACUGUCUGGCAGAAUUUCGGGAAAAUAUCGACGAUAGUUCAAAGAUACCCACAUUUACUUUAUACAUCCAAUGUCAUAUGAAUCUGUUGUACCCGCUGCUGCCUAUUCUCUAGGGGUUUAUCUUCUUAGGUCGUGGACCCUCCAGAGACGUCAAGAUGAGCUGAAAGACGAGAUGGCUCAUCGUUCUUGUGUUUUUGUCAUGCAUGCAUAUCAUCAUUAUGAUGCAUUUUGAUAUCCAUAGCUAUGCAUUCUUUGUAUUAUUCAUGUUAUUGAGCAGCUAGUAGGUCGGUAGAUGAUGCGGACCACAAAUCUCAGCCUGCUGCACAUUUAAAGGAACCUUGGAAACCCCAUUAUCAAUAUAGGUCUGGUUGGAGCUGUGAACAAGAUGAAUGUCAAUCUGGGAGGGGACUGCUCUACCAUGAUCCCGCCAAGGUCGGUGCGAACCCUCACUGAAUCCCCGUGGUAUCAACUGGAAAAAGCUGGUCUUCACUACACUUCAGAAUUGAACAUAGAACCCUCAGUCAGUCGGACUCACAGCAGCAUAGAAUACUGCCUGAUGCUGUAAUGAUUGCGACUGAUAUGUUUUACAAUAUGUCGUAUUUGUCGUACGCUAUCUUUGAAUGUAAAAACAUUUCAAAUCAUAUAUAUGUCUCUUGUUAGAGUUGGAGAAGGAGUUCUUUAUUUAGGUGGCGCUACUAUGGUUACCUUAGGGGCAAUGGGUUGACGGCCCCUUGUUAUUAUUCAAAUAGAAAAGAUCAUAUUUUAAAAAGGACAAAAAGAGAAAUAUCGAAGAAAUUGGAAGAAAAUAGAACCACAAUGACCCCUUUUAUGUACAGAUGACGUAAUCUUGACAUCGUCAUGCCCCCUGCCACUUAAAAGCCAUAGCAGUGCGUCCUAGAUCUUACAGAAGUGGACCAUCAGAUGGCAGCACGCAGCACCAGUCCCUUCAACUUUCGUCGGACAUCGAUUAGUGUUUAUUCGUUAAAAUUGUUUUCUGUUUAUCUGUUUAUUAUGUGUAUCUCUUGUGUCCUUCUGGACUUUACUUGUUUCCAAAAAGGUAGGUCUACUUAUUUCAUUUUCAAAAAGGUAGGUCUGCGUUGAUACGAUAGGUGUUGACUAAGCUUCUGAAGCUGCUGCUGCCGAUGAUGAUGAUCAUGCUGAUGCUUCACAACAUUUGUAUGUCGCUAUACUUCCGCCUAGAAUCCUCCAAAAGUGUAUUUUUAUUAAAGAUGUUAGCAUUCGGAUGAAAUGUGGGUCCUCAGAAAAGUCAUUAGGUUCUCCAUAUCAUCAAUAAUCUGUCUUCGACGGGAUGAUGGAAGAGCAUUCAAGGAGCUAUGGAGAUUACCCGUCUGAUCGUCCAUAGAUGAAGGCCAGGUAGGCGAUAGAACACCCGACAAAACGAGGUUUGAAAACAGAAAUUCAAAUAAUAAAGAAUAUAUUUGUCUACGAUAUGUAUUUUGGUUCGAUUCUGUGCAAAAUGUCAGAAUGUUGAUGUCUACGAAUCUGUCUUCCUUUUUUUAAUCUAUAGGAUAUAGUCUUUGCAUGAUUUGAAAAUGCGCUCGUUUUUGUUGUUUUAUAUGCAGUUUGGUUGUAAUGAUUGUUAUGUAUUAUAUUUGUUGUGUUAAUAUAUACAUAUAUAUUGCAAAUCAUUAACAUGAUUAAUUACAAUGUAAAUGAAUGCUUGUGUAUUGUGUAAAUGUGCCUUGUCAUUAAUUUUUCUAUUACCAUAGUUUCCUGUGAUUUUUUUUUACAGUUUUUUGUUGUUAGGGAAAAUAUUUAAUCAAUC